AUGGCUUUGUUGGAGACGAUCCAACGUAAGAUUAAUAAGUAUGGGAUACUUCCCAAGCUUGUGCGGUCUUUACCCCAGGUGUCUUCUCUCCUAGCGUUAUUGGGUGUGAUAUGGAUCCUCAUCUUGCCACUGGAUGGCCAGUUCCGGACCACAUACAUUUCAGAGAACGCCCUUAUGCCGUCACAGGCGUACUCAUUUUUUAGAGAGUCGGAGUGGAAUUUCGUGAGAGGCUACAGAGAUCAGAUCAUUGAGCACAUCGAUGAUCCAAUGGAAGACAGGCACGAGAUGCUGUCUUCCUGGAUGAAGACUAUUGGCUACAAGACGUUUGAUUACAGGUCCCAUAAUGGUUCAAGGACUACGUACGGCAUAUACCAUGUUCCAAAGGGGGAUGAUACCGAGGCAAUGGUGAUCGUCGCACCCUGGAUGACCAGCGAUGGAGAGAAAAAUAUUGGGGGAUUAGCCCUGACCAUGGGGCUAAUUCGGUACUUCCACAGGCUAUCGAUCUGGUCAAAGAAUAUCAUUGUGGUAUUCCCAGAGGAUGGCCAGGAUACUUUGAGGAAUUGGGUAGAUGCUUAUCAUACUACAUUGGACGAAACCGGAGGAUCCAUGGAGAGUGCUAUUGUGAUUGAAUAUCCUUCUGAAAGCGAUGAACUGGAUUACGUCGAGGUAAACUACGUGGGAGUCAAUGGCCAGCUGCCAAAUUUGGACCUCGUCAAUUGUGCCGUGAUGAUCAGCGAGCAUGAGGGUUUCAAGGUGUCCUUGCACAAUACACCAAAAGGCCAACUUUGGGCUAACGAUUACCCUUCUAGACUCACCACAUUAUUCAAAGGGCUAUUUGCCAUGGCAACUGCCGGUCUGUUGCCCGAGACAGGAGGGGGAAACGGCUGCGAAGCUUUCAGCGGAUGGAAUGUCCAAACCUUAGCUUUCAAAGCUAGGGGCACAGAGGGACGCGAUAUCACAACCUUGGGAAGAGUUAUUGAGGCCUGUUUCCGUGCGGUCAACAAUUUGCUGGAAAAGUUCCAUCAGUCAUUUUUCUUUUAUCUGCUGCUUACUCCUAAUCACUUUGUCUCCAUUGGAAACUACCUUCCGGCAGCGGUGUUGACAGCAGCCAGCUUUGUCAUAUCUUCAGUAAGUGCGUUGCUCACAAAUAACAAUGUGAACAACAAGCACGUUAGUUUCAACGAUGCCGUUGUCAGGGUGGAUACGCUUCCUCUAAUAAAUGGGCUGCUGCUAUUCGCUGCUGUCACGGUCGGCUCAAUAAUUUUUGGAACGGUGUUGAUGUGGUUUUCUUCAGCCGUGUCUUUUGCAGACAACAACAAUCUGUACACUAAGUUUACUUGGGGGCUGAUUUUGACAACUACUGCUGUGUCAUUUCUUCCUCUGGUUCUUAGAUACAAAUCGCAACCUUCUGCGGCAAUUUCACAGACAGUGAGAAUAGCCAAUGCUUGCUCGCUUUUUUACCUCGCUUUUGCGCUGGUGAGUCUUCUUGUGCUACACUUCUCUCUCUCACUCCUCAUAUCUCUCGCAGCAUUCCCUCUUACCCUUAUCAGAUACGGAACUUUGAGUCAGAACCGCAAGAACAGCAUAUGGCUGAUUUUAUCAUCGCCAUUUUUAUGGUUGGCAGUUGUCGGAGUGGCUCGCAAGUUGGAUUUUCAGCUAGACAUUGUUAGAAAUCUAAUCCAGUAUUUUUCGGUGUCCCUGCUCAAAAGCGAGCUGCAAACAAAAGUUUUUGAUACCGACUGGACCAACCCCGUAUUUCUCCAGAAGCUGCUACAAGGGCCCGUAGAGAUUUUCUACGGACUGCUCACUGGCUACAGGAGGUUCCAGACAUGGACAUGGAUGGUUAUCAGCUUUGCAUGGUUUCCUGUAUGGAUCAUGUCUCUGAUUAUCACCUGCAUCGAUGUGCAAACUGGAGACUUUGAGAAGAAAAAAGUGAAUUAG